CGGCUGUUAGGUGAUGAGGUUUUUAAAUUAACAACACUUGCUCCGUUCCAAACAGAAACGUCGGUGAUUUAUUUAUUAUAACUCCUAGUAUUCGUUAACUUCUGAUUUCUCUAUCUCUCUUCAACGGGAAAAAAAAAGGAAUUUUCCAGUAUAACGUUUUCUCUCUCUAGAAACUACAACGGGAAAGACGAAUUAUAGUUUGUCUCCCGCCAAUUUCAAAGGUCUGUAAUUGAGAUUAGUAUAUAGGAUUUACCUACUUAAAGUAGUAGAUGAGUAGAUGGUGGAAGGUGAUAUGACAGUGGAGAAGUGUUCUUUGGAGAACAAACAAUCAGCUGCUGCUUCAAGCUCAUCAGUUUCUGAAGGUAGUGCUAGUGUUACUCUAAAGUCUAGUAGCCCAACCAGGAGUUCACCACCUCAUAGGACAACCACAGGGCCAAUUAGACGAGCAAAGGGUGGCUGGACACCAGAAGAGGAUGAAACAUUGAGAAGUGCAGUUGCCGAUUUCAAGGGGAAGAACUGGAAAAAAAUAGCUGAGUUCUUCCCAGAUAGGUCUGAAGUACAGUGCUUACACAGAUGGCAAAAAGUUCUGAAUCCUGAGCUGGUUAAAGGACCAUGGACUCAAAAGGAGGAUGAAAAAAUUUUGGAGUUAGUUGAAAUAUAUGGGCCUACAAAGUGGUCUGUGAUAGCCAAGUCAUUACCAGGACGUAUCGGGAAGCAAUGUCGAGAGCGGUGGCACAAUCAUUUGAAUCCACAUAUAAAAAAGGAUGCCUGGACAUUGGAGGAAGAAUUAGCACUCAUGAAUGCACAUCAUAUGUAUGGCAAUAGAUGGGCUGAAAUAGCCAAAGUCUUACCUGGAAGGACCGAUAAUGCAAUUAAAAAUCACUGGAAUAGCUCCUUAAAGAAGAAGCUAGAUUUCUAUUUGAACAAUGGUAAACUUCCCCCUGUUUCAAAGACCACUCAUCAAAACAAUGUGCGAGAUGCAGAGAGACUCACUUCUGGAAAAUUGGUGGUUGGUUCAAAAAAAGAAUCAGAUUCUUCUGCUCAGACUUCCUCCGGUGCUACAGAUUUCAAAAGAUCAGAUGACAAAAUUUUUCAGUUGGAAAUGUCUGACAAGAUUCAAGACAUAUGUGCGUCUAGUUUUCGUGCUGAUGAGUCUGCUGAUCCAGAUUUUAUCGACCGGUCAUCAUAUGUAAAUAUUUCCUGUCAAAAUUCAAAAUUUUUACCAUAUGAUAGUUGUGGCAGUGUUGAUCAUAUUGAGCAAAAUGAAGAUGCCGUCACACCUCAGUGGCCUGUAAAUCCUAUUAAUCAGUCAAUGUACUGUAAAUCUCUACAUUAUGAAACUAGUCCUUCAGAAUCAAACUUAGCCAACAGUCACACGAAGCCUGAUUACAGCCCAGAAACAGCUUUCUUAACUCCAACUGGUGUGAAGAGCACAACCCGCACAGUUGAUUCUGUGCGUGACCUAGAAUCAAUGUUGAAAAUUGCAGCUAAGACAUUUUCUAAUACUCCUGCUAUAAUCAGAAAGAGAAGGGCACAAUUUCAAAGUCCUCAAAGCAAAAAUAGUAGAAGGAUUGAUGAAGCUUUCUGCAAAGAUAAAUGCUCACCUUCGACUGAGAAGCAAACUGCUAUUUAUCCAUCUAGUUGUCAGGAUGGAGGCUUGCCUUCGACUCCACCGUCUAAUACCCCUGUUCUAACCGAACGUUGCGAUGGGAAAUCUUAUAAUGCUUCUCCACCAUAUCGAUUUAGACCAAAGCGCACAGCUAUUAUCAAAUCUAUAGAAAAGCAGCUAGAAUUCUCAAUGGACAACGAGAAAAAAGACGAUGCAAAGUCAUUAGAUUUGCAGCUUAGAGGCAACGAUCCUAUCAGAGAAGGCAUAUCAAGUAAAAGUAUGGGAGUGACAUAGUUUGAGCCUACAGGCAGAAAUGUCGAAGUGAGAUAUCACACCAUCGAGCAUCUCCCAAUGUUUCAGAAGAUGGUGUUUUGUGGUCUUAUACGAUGGUCAAUUUGGAGCGCUUGUACAUUAUAAAAGCAUAGACAAAAUGUUUGAUUGAUCUGCAUUGACAAUAAUAGUGGUUCAAUUGUUUAUAGCAAUAGACAUGGAAAUCGCUUAGUAAUUGAGUUUCCAUGAUUCAAUCAGUGAUGAUGGACUUGUUUUGUGCUUUUGCCAAGAUCCAAGAUGAGAAAGACGCUCGGGCAACUUGUGCUCCUGGAAUGCUCUGACUAAUAGGAAUUUUUUUUUUUUAAGAUAUUCAUUCCAACUUUUUUUUAAUUUUUUUUAAGAUAUUCAUUCCAACUUAAUACACAUGAUUAUAUUGUCUUA